AUGGCAGUAGGAUCAGCUGUCACAAAAUGGAGGCACUACCUAAGAGGGCAUCAUUUCACAAUCAAGACUGAUCAUGAAAGCAUCAAUUUCUUCUUAGAACAAAAGAUUACUACAGGGUUGCAACAAAAGUGGAUGAUGAAGUUAUUGGGCUUUAAUUAUGACAUCCAAUACAAAAAGGGGGUUGACAAUAAAUUUGCCGAUGCCUUGUCAAGGAGAGCACACCCUCCUACUGCCUUACAAGAUAUAACUCUUUCCAAGCCUGUUUGGAUACAGGACAUUGCCAAUAGCUAUGAAAAUGAUCCAAAGGCUCAACAACUGAUUUCUCAACUGCUGGUUUCUCCUUCUGCAACACCAAAUUUUUCAUACCAACAAGAGAUUCUCAGGCAACUUAUAACAUGGCCAAACUUCAUUUUUAUUGGCCAAAGAUGCAACAAGACAUCAUCUCUAUGGGAUUUCAUUGAGGGCCUUCCCAAGAGUGAGCACAAAGAUGUUAUCUUAGUGGUGGUUGAUAGAUUAACAAAAUACAGUCAUUUCAUUGGACUUCAACACCCUUAUACUGCAGUUAUUGUAGCUAAAGCUUUCUUACAUCACAUUUUCAAGUUGCAUGGUUUACCUCCUCCAUCACCUCUGACAGGGACAAGGUCUUCACAAGCACUGUAUGGUUAUGAUGCACCAAACUUAGCUUUCCCAACUACUGUCACUACUUCUGUAGCUACAGUUGAGGAGUAUCUUACUCACAAGAAUGUUAUGCUUGACAUACUCAAGGAAUCCCUGUCUACUGCUCAAGCUAGAAUGAAGUUCUUUGCAGAUCAGAAAAGAACUGAAAGAUCCUUUACAGUGGGUGACAUGGUCUACCUCAAGAUCCAGCCCUACAGACAAGCAUAUGUUUCCUUGAGGAAGAAUUUCAAACUAUCAGCUAAGUACUAUGGCCCCUUUCCCAUUCUUGCCAAAAUUGAAUCUGCUCAUGUGCCAUCUCCCACACUACCACUAGUGGACCAUGCAGGCCAAGUCAUCAUCACUCAUAUUUCAGUUUUGGACUACAUAACUAUUACAAUAGGAGAUCACACUAUUCAGCAAGCUCUCAUUCACUGGUCCAAUGCUACUGCUGCAGAAGCUACAUGGGAGGAUACUGCUACAAUUCAGGCUCACUUUCCUACUUUUUUCCUUGAGGACAAGGACAAUUUGAAGGGGUAG